AUGCACUCGGCUUCCAGUAUGCUGGGAGCAGUGAAGAUGGAAGGGCACGAGCCGUCCGACUGGAGCAGCUACUAUGCCGAGCCCGAGGGCUACUCCUCGGUGAGCAACAUGAACGCCGGCCUGGGGAUGAACGGCAUGAACACGUACAUGAGCAUGUCGGCGGCCGCCAUGGGCAGCGGCUCGGGCAACAUGAGCGCCGGCUCCAUGAACAUGUCGUCGUACGUGGGCGCGGGCAUGAGCCCGUCCCUGGCCGGCAUGUCCCCCGGGGCGGGAGCCAUGGCCGGCAUGGGCGGCUCGGCCGGGUCGGCCGGCGUGGCUGGCAUGGGGCCGCACCUGAGCCCGAGCCUGAGCCCGCUCGGGGGGCAGGCGGCCGGGGCCAUGGGCGGCCUGGCACCCUACGGGAACAUGAACUCCAUGAGCCCCAUGUACGGGCAGGCGGGCCUGAGCCGCGCGCGCGACCCCAAGACGUACCGGCGCAGCUACACGCACGCCAAGCCGCCCUACUCGUACAUUUCGCUCAUCACCAUGGCCAUUCAGCAGAGCCCCAACAAGAUGCUGACGCUGAGCGAGAUCUACCAGUGGAUCAUGGACCUCUUCCCCUUCUACCGGCAGAACCAGCAGCGCUGGCAGAACUCCAUUCGCCACUCGCUGUCCUUCAACGACUGCUUCCUCAAGGUGCCCCGCUCGCCCGACAAGCCCGGCAAGGGCUCCUUCUGGACCCUGCACCCCGACUCGGGCAACAUGUUCGAGAACGGCUGCUACCUGCGCCGCCAGAAGCGCUUCAAGUGCGAGAAGCAGCUGGCCCUGAAGGAGGCCGCGGGCGCCGCGGGCGGCGGUAAGAAGGCGGCCGCCGGGGCCCAGGCCUCGCAGGGUCAGCUCGGGGAGGCCGCCGGGCCGGUCUCCGAGACUCCGGCGGGCACCGAAUCGCCCCACUCGAGCGCCUCCCCGUGCCAGGAGCACAAGCGAGGCGGCCUCGGGGAGCUGAAGGGGACGCCGGCCGCGGCGUUGAGCCCCGCGGAGCCGGCGCCGUCGCCCGGGCAGCAGCAGCAGGCCGCGGCCCACCUGCUGGGCCCGCCGCAUCACCCGGGCCUGCCGCCCGAGGCCCAGCUGAAGCCGGAGCACCACUACGCCUUCAACCACCCCUUCUCCAUCAACAACCUCAUGUCCUCGGAGCAGCAGCACCACCACAGCCACCACCACCACCAGCCCCACAAAAUGGACCUCAAGGCCUACGAACAGGUGAUGCACUACCCCGGCUACGGGUCCCCCAUGCCGGGCAGCCUGGCCAUGGGCCCGGUCACGAACAAAGCGGGCCUGGACGCCUCGACCCUGGCCCCAGACACCUCCUACUACCAGGGAGUGUACUCCAGGCCCAUUAUGAACUCCUCUUAA